ACUGUUAUUUCUUCAUCUUCGUCUUUAACUCCAGUAUCGUCUUCCGUUCAUGAUAUGGUUUCGUCUUCUGCCUCGCAGUCGCAAUCUUCAAUUGUCUCAUCCGAUGAAACGAUCUCUUUGAAUUCUAUGAAUACAAUUAAUCCUUCGUUGAUUUCUUCAUCUACUUCGAAUAAUUUCCCCAUUGGUUAUGAUGUUGAUAAUAAUCAUGCAAGUGGCAGCACUACCCCUUUAACUGUUACCAUCGAUCCAAAGUUCAUCACUGCCACAGAUUCUUCGUCUUUCAUUCAAUCAAAUAAUCGUAAUAAUAAACCUACUCCUGUCAUAAUUAAUCCAAAUUACAUUGAAUUUGGUGAUAAUAUACCGAGUCCUCCUCUUCAAACUCCUGAGUUAGUAAGCGACAAUAGUCUUAAACGAAGAAUGUCUUAUGCUUCAUCUUCGGAUGAUGAUUUUUCUGACUCGACAUCUACCGAGAAACAGGCAGAUAAAAAAUUUCGUGUAGAUGCUCAAAGA